AUGGUAGAUGAUGGCUCGGGGUUGUCACGACUAGCUGUCGUCAAUAGUUGCCCCGGCUUUUGUGGUCGUCAGGCAACCACGUCGUCAUCUGGAAAUGUUACCUAUUCCAAUUGUCAGGCUUGUAGCUGGGGUCAUCGAAGUGUCGAGAAGUUCUUGUGCUCUUCAUGUGAUGAUCUCUUACCUUUCUACGACUGGCUUUAUCUCCUUUUCAUUGCUCUGGUACCUUUGCUGUUGAAUUCGUUCUUCGUGCAGUUCUAUGCUAUUCCCAAAAGUACACGGCAGCACUUAUUCUUGCAGUAUUUAUGUUGCUUAUUGGAGUGCGUUUUAUCCGCCCUACUCUCUCUUCUUUUGAUGCCACCACGUGGUACUCCAUUUCUUUACGGUUGUGCUAAGAAUUCACUGCGCGACUGGUAUCCUAUAUUUUACAAUCCUAUCGUUAAUCAUACCUAUACUUUGCGAUGUACACAGGAAAUAGUCUUUCCACUAUAUUCCUUGCCUUUCAUUUACUUGGCAUUCUGUUUGGUGUGUUUGAUUAUUUUUCGCUCAGCUCUUUAUUUAACAGUAUUCAAGAACAGCUAUAUUACCAGUGACCCAUAUUAUGCGGCACUUUUUACCAUCCCACUGAUAGCCCUCUUUCAUGCAGUUUUUGCAGGUCUCCUUUACUAUAGCUUUGGCUAUGUGGCGUUGAUAUGCAGUUUGGGUCUGAAUGCACUUCAUAUGGCACUUGAACGAGAAAAAUCAAUGCGUAAACUGUACUUCGAAAUGAUACAUAAGCCGCGUAAUCUCUUCAUUCUUAUCGUUCAUAUGACUCUUUUUGGCUUCUCCAUCUUAACAUUAACUCUAAAUCGUGUAACAGCUAAUGGAACACUUAUACUCUUGAUUGCAAUACUUGUACCAUUACCCUCGCUAUUCUACCUUCUAACUGUUGGAAUCACUGAUCCAGAACAUGUACAUAGCGCUUUUUAG